AUGAGUUCCUUGUCUGUGCUUUUGCUGCUUGUAGCUUCAUUCCAUCAAUCUAUCUGCCUUUUCGGAAUUGGCAGAAGACAGUCCGUGGCCGUACGUGGUGUUCUGGAGUGUAACGGCACAACAGCUCCAGGUGUGAAGGUGAAGCUGUACGAAAAAGAAAUUUUCCUCGACAAAAAGUUGGAUCAAACAAAGACCGACGCUAAUGGUAGCUUCUAUCUAUCCGGAAGCAAAACAGAAAUCACUAACAUCGAUCCUAAGGUCAACAUCUACCACAAGUGCAAUUAUAGAGGACCAUGCUACAAGAAGAUUGCAAUCACCAUUCCCAAGGAAUAUAUUACUCGUGGUGCUUACCCACAGAAGACGUUCAACGUUGGAAGGCUGAACCUUGCCGGCAAACUCAAGGGCGAAUCUGUAGACUGUCUCAACUGA